ACAAGAGAGAGAGAGUAGGAGAGAACAGUAGUGGAGAGUGACAGAGAGAAGGACACAGAGACAGAGAGGGAGAUUGUCUCAGUGUUUGUAAGAGAAGGGCCUGGGGAGAAACAGGGAGUAUGGUGGGAUCUAGCUGUCACAGUGCUUUGGGGCUGUCCUGUUGGAGUGGGGGUUUUAUUUAAAAAGGGGCUGCAAGAGAGUUCCCUUUAGCGUAGAGGGAGGGAGUGAACAAGAGAGGGCCAGAGUAGGUUGGAAAGAUGGUUCCACCAGGGUCAAGCAGUAAAGCCCACAUGUGUCUCUCCACUGUGGUGAUUCUCAGCAGUAUGGCCAUCAUAGACAGUUACCUGAUUCAGCAAAGCCAAGGGCCCCGCAAACUGGGCGCUGGCAUCAUGGUAAUGGUGGGCGAUGUCUGCUUUCUCAUAGCUCUGCGCUACACCGUGGUCUGGGUCAGUGCUGAGGUCAAGACAGCGAAACGAGGCCACACCAUGAUACUCUGGUUCCUCUACAUCUUUGUGCUGGAGAUCAAACUCUACUUUGUCUAUCAGAACUACAAGGCUGACCGCAGGAGCCUGAGCUGGUUGGCCAGGAAAGCCCUCACCCUGGUGUUGUCGGUCUGCGUGCCAGCCCUCUACCUCCUCCUGGUGGCUGUCGAUCGUAUGGAACAUCUGAAGGCCUCGAGAAAGAAGGAGGAGCUGAGGAGCCAGUUGCUGUGGGUGGUGGCUGAUCUGCUUGACAUGUUGGACGUUCAAGCCAAUCUGUGGGAGCCCCAGAAGAAAGGGCUCCCCCUGUGGGCAGAGGGCUUGAUGUUCUUCUACUGUUACAUUCUGCUCCUGAUCCUGCCUUGUGUCUCCCUCAGUGAGAUCAGCAUGCAAGGUGCUCACAUCCUGCCUCACAAGAUGAUGCUCUACCCCAUCCUCAGCUUCAUCUCCAUCAACAUCAUCACCACCCUCAUCCGAGGGAGCAACUUGUUCUUCUUCAGUGAUGCCAGGGCCUCAGGCAUCUUCAUGGGUAAGAACGUGCUCGCGAUUGCCCUCAAGAUCUGCACCUUUGUCCAGUGCAGGAAGAGAGUCCCUGAUGUUGGUCCAGCUCCAAAUCCUGAGCUACACCGGGACAUGACCACCUCUUACGUCUCUGGGAGCUUCCUGCCCCUCGAUGCGACGUGGCCAAUCCCACACGCAGCAACGUUGGGGUGCCCAGGCACUGGGAAUACGUGAUACCUGCUCCCAGCAACCAGCCCUCCCUGACCCCACACUGCCAUGUCACUGCUCUGGGAUACCUGUGACAGGCAGCUUCCCCACCCACCCACCCCCCCCUUUCCACUCCCCCUUUCCCUCCCAGACUGAGCACCAACUGGGCCUUCAACCAUUCCCCUCCCUCUCCCUACACUCAUCAAAGUUCACCAUGACACCAAUUUGCUGUCUUCACCCCAUCUCCGCCCUCACCUUCCCCCCUUCAUCCCCAUCCCACUCCAUUCCCUCACCUUCCCCCUUCAUCCCCA